UGUAGACACUGCCCACCGCUGUCGCGCUCCCCCCACCUUGCAUGUCUACCGCCGGACGGAGUCGCACCAGGGUUCGUGCCACUGCAGGGGAAAAACCCGGCAAGAAUGGAUUUCUAACAACGUUUCUCCUUUCUUUCCUUUACCCAACUGACGUCAUCCUCAAUGUCUCUCACAAAUUUGAACUAACAAAAUGAGGAUUUCUUGUAAUCAGCUUUUACUGCUAUUCUCUUGCGUUUGGGGACUUACUAUGGGUGCUUUUCCGAGCAGCGUUCAAAUCGGCGGACUGUUCAUCAGGAACACAGAUCAGGAGUACACUGCCUUUCGGUUGGCCAUUUUUCUUCACAACACAAGCCCUAAUGCAUCCGAGGCCCCCUUUAACCUGGUACCCCACGUGGACAACAUUGAGACUGCCAACAGUUUUGCCGUGACCAAUGCCUUCUGUUCGCAGUACUCGCGGGGCGUGUUCGCCAUUUUUGGCCUGUACGAUAAGAGGUCGGUUCACACGCUAACAUCCUUCUGUGGCGCGCUACACAUCUCCCUUAUCACGCCCAGUUUCCCUACCGAGGGCGAGAGCCAGUUCGUCUUACAGCUGCGGCCCUCCAUACGAGGGGCCCUUCUAAGCCUGCUAGACCACUAUGACUGGAAUCGAUUCGUCUUUCUCUACGACACCGACAGGGGGUAUUCGAUACUGCAGGCUAUCAUGGAAAAGGCAGGCCAGAACAGUUGGCAGGUCAGCGCCAUUUGUGUCGAGAACUUUAAUGAUGCCAGUUACCGGCAGCUUCUCGAAGACCUAGACCGCAGACAGGAAAAGACGUUUGUCAUAGACCUGGAGGCAGAGAGACUGAACAACAUGCUGGAACAGAUUGUAAGUGUCGGCAAGCAUGUCAAAGGCUACCAUUACAUCAUGGCAAAUUUGGGUUUUAAGGACAUCAAUCUGGAGCGUUUCAUGCAUGGGGGAGCCAAUGUGACAGGCUUUCAACUGGUGGACUUCAGCAAUCCCAUGGUUAUUAAACUCAUGCAGCGCUGGAACAAGCUGGACCAGCGCGAGUAUCCCGGCUCUGACGCUCCUCCCAAGUACACUUCCGCUCUGACAUACGAUGGAGUGAUGGUGAUGGCAGAAGCCUUCCGGAACCUACGCAGGCAGAAGGUGGACAUUUCCCGCAGGGGCAACGCCGGAGACUGCCUGGCCAACCCCGCUGCCCCCUGGAACCAGGGCAUCGACAUGGAGCGCACACUCAAACAGGUGCGCCUCCAAGGAUUAACAGGAAAUGUCCAGUUCGACCACUACGGGCGCAGAGUCAACUACACUAUGGAUGUUUUCGAAUUAAAAAAUAAUGGCCCCAGAAGGAUCGGAUAUUGGAAUGAUGCUGAUAAGUUGGUUCUGACCCAGGAUCACGCUUUGCUUCCUAAUGAAACGUCUGGCAUGGAGAACAGAACCGUGAUUGUGACGACUAUUAUGGAAGGGCCGUAUGUAAUGCUGAAGAAGAACUGGGAGAUGUACGAGGGGAACGAGCAAUAUGAGGGUUACUGUGUGGAUCUGGCAUAUGAAAUCUCUAAACACAUUGGUUUCAAGUAUAAGAUCUCCAUCGUGCCUGAUGGAAAGUAUGGAGCUCGGGACCCAGAGACAAAGAUCUGGAACGGGAUGGUUGGGGAGCUGGUGUACGGGAAAGCGGAAAUCGCUGUGGCCCCAUUGACUAUCACUCUGGUCCGGGAGGAGGUCAUUGACUUCUCGAAGCCCUUCAUGAGCUUGGGCAUCUCCAUCAUGAUCAAGAAGCCCCAGAAGUCCAAACCGGGUGUCUUCUCCUUCCUGGACCCGCUGGCCUACGAGAUCUGGAUGUGCAUUGUGUUCGCCUACAUUGGCGUGAGCGUGGUGCUCUUCCUGGUCAGCCGCUUCAGCCCGUACGAGUGGCACACCGAGGAGCCCGAGGAGGACACUGACGGUCUGCCUAGCGACCAGCCCCCCAAUGAGUUCGGGAUCUUCAACAGUCUCUGGUUCUCCCUUGGAGCCUUCAUGCAGCAGGGUUGCGACAUCUCACCCAGGUCUCUAUCUGGACGCAUCGUGGGUGGAGUGUGGUGGUUUUUCACCCUCAUCAUCAUCUCCUCCUACACAGCCAACCUGGCUGCUUUCCUCACUGUGGAGAGGAUGGUGUCGCCCAUUGAAAGCGCUGAGGACCUGGCCAAGCAGACAGACAUAGCGUAUGGUACUCUUGACUCAGGCUCCACCAAAGAGUUCUUCAGGAGGUCAAAGAUUGCCGUUUAUGAGAAAAUGUGGAGCUACAUGAAGUCUGCCGAGCCCACGGUGUUCACUAAGACCACGGCAGAGGGAGUGGCACGGGUGAGAAAGUCCAAAGGGAAGUACGCCUUCCUGCUGGAGUCCACAAUGAACGAGUACACGGAGCAGCGCAAACCCUGCGACACCAUGAAAGUGGGAGGAAACCUGGACUCCAAAGGCUACGGGGUGGCGACGCCUAAGGGCUCACAGUUAAGAACCCCCGUAAACCUUGCCGUUUUGAAACUGAGUGAAUCAGGCAUCUUAGACAAGCUGAAAAACAAAUGGUGGUACGAUAAGGGCGAGUGUGGACCCAAGGACUCGGGAAGUAAGGACAAGAGCUCACAGGCCCUCAGCCUCAGUAAUGUGGCUGGGGUCUUCUACAUUCUGGUCGGGGGCCUGGGCCUGGCCAUGCUGGUGGCCCUCAUCGAGUUCUGCUACAAGUCCCGAAACGAGGCCAAGAGAAUGAAGGUGGAACAGUCUGAACGUCGCCCCUCUUCCUCUCCUCUCCCCAGUCCCGUCCCCCUCCCCAGCCCCCAUCCCUCCCCAGGGCCCAGUCCCACCCACAGCACUCAGAGUUUAGCCACAUAUAGAGAGGGUUACAACGUCUACGCCACUGAAGGAGUAGAGAUGUAGGAGGUCAGAUGUACGUAGGUGCCCGGCAGUCGUAAGUGGAGCUCCUCUGUUUUCGCUGCCGUAGCUUGCCGUGGUAAAGCUUCUUGUGUUUGUGACGUCCUUGUUCUGUCUCCUCCACGUGUACUCCAAGUCGGAGACGUGCAUUCACAUAUUUGUGCAUGCUGAAGAUCGAGGUACCUGGACUGCACACGUUUGUAAUCACAUGCCAGUGCGGUAACCUCUCUUACCGAGUAAAGAAGAAUAGUUA